AUGACCAAUGAGGAGCUGAUUGCAGGCCAUGCGGAUGACGAGAAUUCUCACAGCGACUCCCAUGACAUUGAAAAAGUCGGAAGCAUCUACCCAAGAUUGGCUGCAUUGAUGCUUUUUCUGGAUGCGUCAAAUCACAGACAAUUCGACCUGUUGAGCGACCCAAGCUCGUCUCUUUUCACACUGCCCUCUGGGUUGAUCAGAAACCAGACUGUUAGUCAUGUAGCGGCUUGGAAAGCCGUUUUGCAGCGGCUGACGGGGAAAUCGGAUCAAAAAUCGAGCUGGCAUGGCAUUUCCCAACCACAAAUGCGUCUAGACGAGCCAAAACCCGAACGGCAUCAACAUGCGAUGGCCCAAAAUCCUGUGGGCGUUGUCAUGGACGCUAUUUUCAAGGAAUUCCAACAAGUGAAUUGCGGCAUGACACACGAGAUCAAGUUGAGAGUCUUGGAAGAAUCGCAUACUAGCUCACAGCGGCCAAAGAUCGAAAUGCUCAUGUCAUGUUGCCAAGCUGGAUGUGAUUGGCAAGAAGCUGUUUGCGACUCUAUUCAGGCACCGAUAAAUCCCACGAAGAAAAAUAAUAUUUGCAUCGCUAUACACGAAACAUGGAAACAGCGUACGAAGCUUCGCCUAUUCUUUGAUCAUCGGGGACUCUUCGAUAUUACAGACGAAGAACCGCCAAUAACGACGUCUCUUCAGGACUAUGAAGAAGAAGCUCUCAUGUCGUUGCUGGAUAAAAACAUGUUCCGUCCUAUAAGUCCUGGAGCGUAUCUGCAAGGGUUAGCCAUAGAAAGAUUUGAUCAUAAGGAAAAGACAUCUUUGGCCCUGGCCUUAGCUAGAUGUCUCAUGAUAUUUUUCGACAAAAGCCUUGAGCGCGCGGUUUGUAAUUGGAACACCCAAAGCAUAUUCAUCAUGCGCUCGGCUACUCCUCAUGGAGAGCCUCCGUGGUGGCAUAUACUGGUGCGAUCACGCCCUCCUAGCUUCAGGCAACCAAACAUUCACGAUAAAAUCGGCCCCGGCAAUCCAAUUCUCCUUUCAUUUGCAAAGCUGUUGCUGGAGAUUGUCAACGGCGAGACGAUAAAACUGGACGUCGACCCGCACAAUGUUAACAAUAAUAUUGGAAAUUGGGCUCAGAUGUGUGGCUACGUCGAGGAGGCGCGACAAGACCGGAACAGCUUCUACCUUCAAGCUGUUCAAGGAUGUUUGUAUCUCCAUAUGCAUCUACAAAGAGGCCAAGAUCAACAGACUACUUUGUCCGGCACUGCCAUGAGAGAGGUCAUAUAUGAACAGAUUGUCCGGAACCUGGAGAAGGAGCUUCACCCGGAGGGACUUAAACGGAAACGGCGAGAGUCGUUUUCUGAGCAGUCUCAACCGAACAAAAUAUAUGUCGCAGAACCUCUGCCGCUGGGCAGUAGCCAUGAAGAGAACUAUGAGCCACAGCACAACAAAACUCCUCUGGAUCGCGAUCACUUUGAUGUUGCCAUUAUCUGCGCCAUACCAACAGAAUACAAUGCUAUUUGUCAAAUAUUCGACGAGUUUUGGGAUGAGGACGGCGAUCGCUACGGGAGGGCUGCGGGUGACCUCAACACUUAUACAACCGGCCGUGUGGGCAAGCAUAACGUUGUCCUUGCGCUUCUCCCACAGAUGGGAAAAUCUAAUGCAGCAGCCGCAGCAGCUAGUUUUAGGUCAAGCUAUAACAGUAUCGAGCUGGCGCUUCUUGUGGGUGUCUGCGGAGGGGUCCCUCGUACUGGAGGAUACGCAGAGGACGAGAUUCUCCUUGGCGAUGUGGUGAUCAGCAAGGCAGUUGUCCAAUAUGACUUUGGCCGGAAAUAUCCCAAUGGGUUUAUCCGCAAGAAUUCUUUUGAGGACAACCUAGGCAAAGCAGCCAAAAACAUUCAAGGUCUCUUAAAUACGUUUGAGACUGACCGAGGCCUAAGUCUGCUUCAAAGACAGACGGCCCAGUUCUUGACACAGCUCCAAAAUACGGGGCAAAGUAAGAGCCGCCGAACACUUACAAAGUAUCGAUACCCUGGGACAGUCAAAGACAAGUUGUACAAGCCAGAUUAUCGCCAUAAGCAUCGCGGUUCACGAGGUCGCUUCUGCACUAUUUGUAGCAGCGACGAUAACGCUGUUUGCGAAGAGGCUCUUAACGAAACCUGUGAGGCACUGGGAUGCGAAGAGAGUUAUUUGAUCGACAGGGAGCGUCUGCAGGAAAAACAAGACCUUGAGCAGAGCAGCCAUGAAGAAGCACAAGAACCAGCAAUCCAUAUCGGGGCUGUCGCAUCAGGCGAUACGGUUCUCAAAUCAGGGGAAGAUCGCGACAAUAUUGCAAUGAAAGAAGGUGUUAUUGCCUUUGAGAUGGAAGGGGCUGGCAUUUGGGGAGAGAUUCCUUGCAUUAUCGUCAAGGGAGUUUGUGACUACGCCGAUUCUCACAAGAACAAGAAAUGGCAGGACUUUGCGGCUGCGACGGCGGCGGCUGCUGCAAAGGCACUCUUACACAGAUAUCCCAAGACGGAAAGGACGAGAUACGAAUGA